GGCCGGCGAAAUUAUCGCCCGCAAUUGUCAUCUCCAAGAAGACGCAUUUUUGUCAAUAUUUUAAGAAAAUUGUAAAUAAAUAAGAAAAAGAUAUUUUAAGCGUACAUCUUUCCUUCUACAGCAUGUCUAUAGAAAUCGAAUCAGCCGACGUGAUUCGGCUUAUCCAGCAGUACCUGAAGGAGUCAAAUCUUAUGAAGACGCUGCAGACCCUGCAAGAGGAAACGGGUGUCUCCCUAAACACAGUGGACAGCGUCGAUGGUUUCGUCCAGGACAUAUCCAAUGGCCACUGGGACACGGUGCUGAAGGUGACGCAAUCGCUGAAGCUGCCCGACAAGAAACUGCUCAAUCUCUAUGAGCAAAUCGUGCUGGAGCUGAUAGAACUGCGGGAGCUGGGCGCAGCCCGUUCCCUGUUGCGGCAAACGGAUCCCAUGAGCAUGUUGAAGCAGCAAGAGCCCGAGCGGUACAUUCAUUUAGAAAACAUGUUGCAGCGUGCAUACUUCGAUCCCCGUGAAGCGUAUGCGGAAGGCAGCAGCAAGGAGAAGCGCCGCACAGCCAUCUCACAAGAGCUGAGCGGUGAGGUGCAUGUGGUGCCCUCGUCCAGGCUCUUGGCCUUGCUGGGCCAAGCCCUAAAAUGGCAACAGCAUCAGGGACUCCUUCCUCCUGGUACCACGAUCGAUUUGUUCCGCGGCAAGGCGGCCAUGAAAGAUCAGGAGGAGGAAAUGUAUCCCACACAGCUGUUCCGGCAGAUCAAGUUCGGACAAAAGUCGCACGUGGAGUGCGCUCAGUUCUCGCCAGAUGGGCAGUACUUGAUAACCGGAAGUGUCGACGGGUUCCUGGAGGUAUGGAACUUCACGACUGGCAAAGUGCGAAAGGAUUUGAAGUACCAGGCCCAGGACCAGUUCAUGAUGAUGGAGCAGGCGGUUCUAGCCCUGAAUUUCUCGCGCGAUUCUGAAAUGGUGGCCUCUGGUGCCCAGGAUGGCCAGAUCAAAGUGUGGCGCAUCAUCACCGGCCAAUGCCUGCGAAAAUUUGAGAAGGCCCACACCAAGGGCAUUACCUGCCUGCAGUUCUCCCGCGAUAACAGCCAAGUGCUGAGUGCCUCCUUUGACUACACGGUGCGACUGCACGGCCUGAAGUCAGGCAAGAUGCUCAAAGAGUUCAAAGGCCACUCAUCCUUUGUCAACGAGGCCACAUUCACGCCCGACGGCCACAGCGUACUCAGCGCUUCCUCCGAUGGCACGGUCAAGGUGUGGUCCCUCAAAACCACAGAGUGCGUCGCCACCUACAAACCGCUGGGCAAUGAGCUGGCGGUCAACACUGUCCUCAUCCUGCCCAAGAAUCCCGAGCACUUCAUUGUUUGCAACAGAUCGAACACAGUGGUAAUCAUGAACAUGCAGGGCCAGAUUGUGCGAUCAUUCUCGUCAGGUAAGCGCGAGGGUGGAGCCUUUAUCUCGGCUACUCUUUCGCCGCGCGGCGAGUUCAUCUACUGUGCUGGCGAGGAUCAGGUGCUCUACUGUUUCUCCGUCUCCUCGGGUAAACUGGAACGUACUUUGAACGUUCAUGAAAAAGAUGUCAUUGGCCUGUCCCAUCAUCCGCACCAGAAUCUUCUGGCCAGCUACAGCGAGGAUGGACUGCUGAAGCUUUGGAAGCCAUAGAUCACCUAAGUGUUUGCCAAUUGACUUUCGUACCUAGUUUUAGUUCCAGAAAUACACCUACUGCCCCCGAUUACGAUUACUUUAA